AUGAUGAAAUUGGGCUUUUAGAAAAGGCCCAUUGAGUUCAAAGCUCAGAAACGGCGGCGAUUCGAGCAUCCGCUUUUAAGAGACGGCGGGUUUACGUUUUCGAGGUUCAUAGUCCUCUCAUUUCCCGGCACAAUUUCCAUCAUCAAAUUUCUCGUUCGAAGUCUGAUCUUCUUCUUCUUUCUUCAGCAUGUUCCUUCACUUUUCUUCUUCACAGUGCUUCACCCAUCAUAGCAUUUAAACCUCAUUUCUCUCCUUCUUCAACGUCGACACAACACUCGACUCUGCGUUUCCAGGUUAGUUUCUCCUUCUUCAACGUCAACGCCCUUGAUCAUCAGGUUUGGUAUCAGUCGGCAUUUCAAUGUCUACGGAUUUUGAAAUCGCGAUUGAGUCUUGUGCUACUUUCAGUUCUGUUGAUGAUGGUAACUUUGAGAGUCGGAGUAUAUCGGAGUUGGUUUCGUUUUUGCGGACGGCGUUUAGGGCUAAAGAUUUCGACAAGGUAGAGGAGGUUUUGGUUGCCAAAGAAGUAACCAUGAGGAAGGAGAUUGAGUUGCUCCAAAAUAAAUAUGAGUUUUUGAGGCUUGAUACUCUUACUCGUGAUUCCAUGGUCCAGCAAGACAAGGUUGAAGUUGAUCCUAAAAGAUUUGGGAAGAGGAAGGAAACAUUUGAGGAGCUGAAGGAGAUGGAGGGUCAGAUCCAACAACUCAAGGAAUUGAUUAUUAAAGUGAAUGAGGAUAGAGAGAAGAAGAAGAGUGCUUUGGAGGGGUUUGAGAAAAUGCUUGAAGUGAUUAAGGAAGCUCAGGAGGAUGAUAGAUUGACCAUACAAAAGCUUAACCACAAGAAUUCAGAAUUACAAUCUGCAAUUGAAGCGGAUAAGAAAGAAAAGGAAGAGUACGAAAAGACUAUAGAGGAGCUUAGGUUCAAGAAUUUAAAACUGGAAUAUGCAAUGGAGGAACUGAAUGUCAAGAAAUCAGAAUUAGAAAGCCAAAUAGUAGUAGUCAAGAAAGCAGAGGAAGAUGGCCGAAGGAAUAUAAAGGACCUCGAAUCCAAGUAUUCAAAAUUGGAAUGUGUAAAAAGAAAAAUCGAAUAUUAUUAUAAACUGCGUAGAAGGAAAUAUGAUGAACUUGCGCAUCGAGUAUCGCAGUUAGAGAAAGUAAGGACAAUUGUUGAAAAUGGGGAGCCCAAUGCUUCAAACAGAAAGUUUCUUUAAUAAAAUCGAGAACUGAGGUAUCGGAGGAUGCUCUGUUGAUCAUCUUGCUCUAAGAAAAAAUUUGUUUCGAGCACGUAGAAACCAUAAAAGAAGAUGGGGUUCAUUGUUAAAUGAUUGUGAAUAUUACAAAGCCGAAAAGGAAGAUGAUCAGGUGGCCAUUAUUCUGCCUAGUGUAAGCAAGGGCAAGGAGUCAUUGAAGAAAGUAGGGGCAAUGUUUUCUGCAUGUCCACAUGGUUGACCGGACAAACAUGCCUCAAAAAUGCAAUUUUCUCCUAAGUCCAAUGAUUUCAAGAACAUCACAACCUCCUUAAGGGCUGCUACAGUCAUAGGUAUUUAUCAUGAAAGGCCCAUCUUCUUUUUUUCUCUCUUUUUGUUUAGGAAUAUGUGUAUAUUGCUUCUUUUUGGCUUCAAUUACAUGUGGUUUUCUUUGUCUACUUUAUUAGCCUACUCCCAUGUUGGCAUGUAACUUCAAGACAUUUAUUACUUUUGGUAUAUAUAUAUAUAUACUAGUAUGCACGACUGCAGGUUUGUGCUGUUACAUUAA